GUUCGCGAAUGUUUUAAACCUUCUUAUGGUGCGGAUGGUAGAGGUAAUCUUUAUAAGGAAGAAAAUAUUCGACAUUUCGCAAAUGAGGUGAUGAUGGGGACUAAAAAUGAAGGUGCUGACUUGGUUACUGCUGAUGGGGGAUUUGAUGUUCGAGGUCGUGAACGUCUUCAGGAACAUCAUUUAAAACAACUUAUACUAUGUCAGAUAAUUACAAUGUUUAUGACUUUGCAAAAGAAUGGUGAUUUUGUUUUAAAAUUAUUUGACGUUUUCACUCCUUUUACUGCUGGGAUGCGCAAUCCUCAAAUUGUUAGCUUUCUCCUAGAUGUUAACAAAAAGUUUAAUGAAAUAAAAUCGUCCUCCCCUGAAGGGCAAAAAGACGUUAAUGAAGUUGUAGAAUUUAAUGAAAUGAAUCAAGACGAAGAUUUUAUCGAUUAUUUAAAAAUGAGCAAUAUGAAAAUUGCAAUUAAACAAACUGAGGCGCUUGAAGAACUGCUAAAAUAUAUUUCAAACCCGUAUCCUUUUAUUCCUGAAGCCUUUUUUGAUGAGGAAUUGAAACCACCUAAUCAAGAAGAAUAUCGAAGACUAU